CUCCAGGAACCUGCUUCCUCCACUGCGCGCCUGUUUACCAUAGGUCCGUAUAUUACGCGAUGGCGUGAAUUUGUCGGCUGUAGGCAUGUCUAACCCCGUUUCUCCUUUCGAGAACUUGGUAGGAAAGCAAAGGUAAGGCCAAAUUAAGACUUUAUAGAGGCCGAGCCGUAUGAUGGAAGGUAGCGCAAACUUGCGCGCAGUAACGGAUCAAAGGGUCUGUCAUCGGAAGGCCGCUCGUAUCUUACUUUGUGAAGGUAGAUUGGCCUAAUAAAUCAGUAUAAAUAUUCAUUAGCUCUUCACUUUCUUGCAUUGUAUGCGACAGCGACAGUCUGUCAAACGCGUACGGCGCAUUCUAGUAGAUGAAAGAUAGCAUAGACAGUACCGAUAAAUUGCCGCUACAGUAUCUCCAUGAAAAAUUCAGCAAAAUACCCUCAUACAGCUUGACCAAUGAACAUCUAUUAGAUUAGAAUCGGCUCAUCCGAGUCCUUGUGUGAAUUGAGGCCGGCUAUAUAGCUGUAGUUGUUGAUAAUGUUGUUGGCAGCGAUGGUAGUUGUAACUGGUGGGCUGGUCUGUAAGUUAACCUGUCGAAAGUGGCUAAACCCCGUGAUCUCGUUCAGCCUCAUCCUCCGCCGUAGGUUGGAUUAUUUAAACCUAGACAAAGACUGAAGACUGUUACUUCAAGUGCAUGGUCUAAGAUACCAGCAAAGCCUCCAGUAUCAGACCAAAAUCUUUGUACGGUAGACGUACCUCUGGGGUCUCCUGCAAAAUAUUUUCAAAAGGCUAAUCUAGCCUGUCUAAAUAGGGUAAACGUUCAGGUGCCUCUUGUUUACGCAGCAACAAAAACAACAACCGAGAGCACAAUAACUCGAGAGGUAAAGUAACUCAAUGUAGAAUAUGUCCUCAGCUCGCUCUCGAGGAUACACUCACCGUCAUCGUAUUCUUCGCUUUUUAUAUAAUAGCUAGCGAGUUGUCUUGACUGUUUUCAAGCCUCAUCACAUGGCUUAAGCGCCUCCCCGCACAUAAGUUGAACAACAUCAUUCGUUAAACAAAGCUCUUCUCCCCACGCAGUGAUUAUCAAAAUUUCCUCAACUUUCUGAUAUCAUACGGAGCUGCUUGUGAAGCGGUUAUAUACUUAUAUACUUUCGUGAUCGCACUUUGGUUUUGCUAGGGGUGUUCUGGGAUAGGUGGAGCUGUUGUCUAUUGUCCACGUCGAAGCUGGUGGAAAGCUAUAUCAACCAAUCACUAUGGCAUCCAACGAACCUGGACCAGUCAGGGGAGUUGGGCCACUAUCUAUGCCAGAUGAUAAAAAACCGCUUGCUACUGUGUCGAAAGCCGUGAAAUAUGAGAAUGUGUGUGUGCUACCACAGACACCGCAGCUAAUUGCUCUCUUGACGUGAGUUUAUCUAGCUUAAUGAGCAGUUGGACUCUUGGUUAACUUGCUUUCGGGAUAAAAACAGUAUGAUCCGAGACCAGCGGACCUGUCGAGCAGAUUUUGUCUUUUACUCUAAUCGUAUCAUCCGUCUACUCGUCGAAGAAGGGCUGAAUCAUCUCCCUGUCGUGCAGAAGACGGUCACGACCCCAGUCGGCCAUACUUAUGGAGGAGUUGGGUUCGAGGGUAAAAUAUGCGGAGUUUCCAUCAUGCGUGCCGGCGAGGCAAUGGAGCAGGGUCUUCGUGACUGCUGUAGAUCCGUUCGGAUUGGAAAGAUUCUGAUACAAAGGGAUGAGGAGACAUGCAAACCGGCGCUAUUUUAUGAAAAACUGCCACAGGAUAUAUCAAAGAGAUGGGUGUUGUUGCUUGACCCGAUGUUUGCUACUGGCGGCUCUGCUACCAUGGCGGUUGAAGUUCUAAAGUCAAAGGGCGUACCAGAAGACCACAUUCUAUUUAUAAAUCUCAUUGCCAGCCCAUCGGGAGUUGCUGACUUUGCUGAGAGGUUCCCAAAACUCAGGGUUGUUACCGCGUUCAUCGAUCAAGGGUUGGAUGAAAAGAAGUUCGUCUUCCGUCAUACUUGGCACUUUGUUAAUGCUCAACAUUGCUAACCCCCACAUUUUAGAUAUAUAAUACCCGGGUUGGGUGAUUUUGGAGACAGAUACUAUACUCUUUAGGGUGUAUGGUAUCUCUGCAAUUAUGGGAUGUUGAAGUGUAUGGUGGUGUCGGGUGUCAUCCCCUGUCCGGUGAAGCCGAGCUUGAAGCUCGAAUGGUACCAAUCUGAUGGCUAAAUACCAGGUUGUCACACACAUCAAUAUAUCAUUAUGAAAUAUCUUAGAACGAAAAUGAUGACUCCAUUAAGGGUUUCCGUAAUUAUAUGUAUGCAUGUGCCCAGAUAAAUAUGCCACUUAGCCCCAGAAAAGAAGCCCAUCCUGAACGCCAAAUAAAAAGAAAAUACCCGCGGAUAGAAGGUAGAGGAGAACAGAAUAGGAUCUAGUAGUCAUCGUCAAGUCCUUCAUCAAUUAUAGCUGGCGCGGCAGAAGCAGAAGGGCCAUCAUGAUCCGCUCUGCCACCA